UUUGUCAGUAUUAAUACAGUGUAACUAUUGGUUUUAGACGUCUAUAAUUCACCGUUGUUCUAAAUACACAGAAAAUAGGAUGUCAGUUACAUUUGCGGAGCAGUCAUUGAAGACCUUGAUCUAUCUGGAAGUCACUGCACUAGCUGCGUCGUCCAUACUGUACGACCUCACCUCAGACCCGAUGCCGGCCGUGGGAGAGAGGCCAUUCAGUCUGACCUGUAGGCACAGCAGGGGCAACACCAUAGCAACAGCACUCUGGUACAGGAACUCCGUGAAGAUGUUCCAAACAAGUCACCAGAAUCCAACAUCUGUUCUUGACAAGAACAGUGACCACGUGGAAUACCUCUCAGUUGCUGAACGUAUCGCUGUGGCAGCACACCUCCUUGGCCACACCCUCGUCCUAACCAUCAACUCCACGCUUGAUGCCGGGUCGGUGUGGACGUGCAGCAACGGCCCAGCGUUCAGCAAUGUUGUAAGGAUCCAAGGACUUGGACUACUGCCUUGUGAAUCUACCAUAACAACUCCAACUCCCCCACCGACUGCGACAACACCAGUACACUGCGCUGGCAAUGUCACCCCAUGUUAUUCAAUCCUCGCCCCAGUAGCUGCUGGUGUUGGAGCUGUGCUCGUCAUCGCCGUUGCUGUCAAUGUCCUCAUCUGGUACCGAGUGAUGGGAACACACAGGCAGAAAACCAAAGAUGUAGAACCAAGCACAGAAGAAAACGAUUACAAUUUGACGCCUAACGGAUGUAACCAUGACAGCGGCAUCUACACCGACCUCGUCGGCAUCAGACCGGUGUCUCUCAUUGAACCAAUGUACAGAGACGCCAUGGAGAUGCACAGUGACCUUUACAUCCACGCUGUCGACGACGAAGCUACCUACGAGGACACUGCAGUGCCCAGCAACCAUCCCGACAUGUUACAGGAAGGUGUGGCAGCGUCAGCUCAUCAGGCUGAAGACUCGGUGUCGAGGCCCUGCAUGUCACUGGACACAACACACACACCAUCAGAUACUGUUUAUCGUCACACUAAAAGUGAAUGACAAAUAUUUUCAUAUUUGAUAGGGAUUUACGUAGGUCUAAGCAUCAUUCCCGCAAUAUUAUCGCGGAAUGAUGGUUUUAAUUUAAGGCGGGAGAACAAAUAUAUCUCAGGAUUUGAGUAGGAACUUGGAAGAGGCUAUGAUUUUGGUAUUUAUUUUUUUUCCGUAGAACUCGUUUUACCACUUCAUUAAGGGUUAUUGUUUGAGAUGGUGUAGGCGACGUCGUAAUACAUGUAUGUCAUAGUCGAAUAAUUAGUUUA